AUGCCCGGAUUCACAUACUGUGGAAUUUAUUCAAGGCAGGAGUUCACGACAGCUUCUGUCUGGCACGAGGCUCAGAAUAUGCACUCAGCCAUUCAGGCAGAGCUGACUCGGACGAAAAUCAACACUAAGAUGGAAUCUGCUCAGAACCGGAGAGGUCACAAAAAGGCUGAUACAAAAGACUCAUCAAAGAAGACCCAGGGAAUCAACUUGAUGCUGUCAAAUAUGGGGGACUUCCGAGACAAAAAGCAACUCGAUUCCCAGCAGUCGCAAGGCUGGCAAACUGAGAAUAUUCAUCAAAGGAACACUGGCGUUGAACCUAGUGCUCAUCUGUCAGCUACAUUGACUAUUGGCGGAGACGGUUGUCUGACAGUGCAAUUGUCUUUGUUGGAUAUUCUGUUUGAAGAGGUUUGGCUUGACGCUGUCAUAGCAACCUUGGGAAAUAUAAUUCGGCAGCUCAUUUACAAAAGUGAUGCGAUGAGAGCAGCACGGGUUUCAAACGCACUCCCGUGGGGAGGCUCAAUGUCGCGACUGGUAUACUUAGUGAGAGAUCUGAUGCUGCAGUGA